AUGUCUGCUGCUGAAAUGAUGAGAACAUUCAAUGUUGUUGGGUGGGCUCUGCUUAUCAUCUAUUUGUUGUCAAGAGUAUCAGUUUGUCAUGGUGCUGCAACAGGUUGCUCCGAAUCUGAUAGGAAAGCUCUGAUCGACUUCAGAAGUGGUAUUGUCGAUCCUGAAGGUCGACUCCAUUCAUGGCAAGGGAGCAAUAUCCCAACCUCUAUAGGAAACAUGUUUCUGCUUGAGGUCCUUAGUCUUUCAAGAAACAAUUUAACAGGAAACCUCCCUGCAAGCUUAGGGAAUUGUUCUAAUCUAAAUGCCCUAGAUCUUAGAGAAAAUCACUUAUCUGGGCCAAUUCCUUGGUCAUGGGGCCAAUUGCAGAUGCUUCAGUCUUUGCACCUUGGUGGUAAUAGGAUAUCAGGGGAGCUCCCUUCAUCUCUACAAAACUGCUCUAGCUUGGAGACGCUGAAUCUCGGAAACAACAAAUUGUUUGGUAAAAUUCCACAUUGGAUUGGAGAAAGUCUAUUUGCUCUUAGAAUUCUUCGGCUGAGAUCAAAUGCAUUUUCUGGAAGAAUUCCAUCCCAACUUUCCAAUAUGAGUUCCCUGCAAGUGUUGGAUCUUGCAGAUAACAAUUUGGUUGGCAGCAUUCCUUCUAGCUUAGGAAAUCUUAAAGCAAUGGCCAAUGUACCAGUAUUUGCUGUACGGAGGCGCCGGAGGCAUCGUCAUAUACUACGAGGAGAGCUUGGAUUUGUCCAUGAAAGGCUUGCUCCUUACAUACAGCAAAACUCUUUCUCUUGGUUGAUGGUUUUGAACUUGUCAAGAAACCAUUUCACUGGAAAAAUUCCUGAAACAAUUGCAAGCUUACACGAAUUGUCAUCUCUUGAUGUCUCAAACAAUCAGCUCUCUGGUGCCAUUCCUUCUAUCAUGUCGACCAUGGCUUCCUUGAGUUAUCUCAACUUGUCAAACAACAACUUAUCAGGCUCAAUUCCAUACAAGGGGCAGUUGACAACUUUUGACAUGUACUCAUACACUGGAAAUCCAGGUCUAUGUGGUGAUCCACUUCCUGUAAAGUGUGAUGAAGGUGAGUAUUCAAAUCAACAAACAACUGUUGAGAGGAAUGAGGGCAAUAUUGUCAACAGCAACUGGUUUUACUCUGGCAUUGGUACAGGUUUUGCAGCAGGUCUUCUGGUACCCUUUCUUGUUUUAGCCAUGAAACGGUCAUGGGGCAAUUACUACUUCAGCCUUGUUGAUAAAAUUGUGGAUAGAAUCUGGGAUAAGUGA